AUUGAGUGAUGGUGGGAGUCGCAAAUCUACGUAUAUAUAGCAUACCCGCCUCGCUUCUUGACAUUAGACAACUGCUGGACAACCGCAACGAAACUGGCGUGGUGGUGACGUGAGUGGGGUCUGUACACGAGUAGUUCGGGAACACCGGCUGCUGGAAUAAUAAUCGUGCAAUUACACAGUUUGUGAUAAUAAAAUAGAGUUCGUGGUAAUACUUGAACAUGGAAAACUUGUCUCAACAACCUGCUGCUACAGGAUUGCGUAGAGAAAACGAGUCGAUGGAUGAUUUCGAGCAUUUGGAAGCAGAAUCAACGUCACCCGUAAAAGAAAAUUCUAAUGAUAAAUUAGCAUCCAAAGAGACGAAGUCAGAUAAUCUGAAAUCCGAAAAAGAUUCUUCUUCGCCUCUCGUUAAAGUGCCAGGGGAGAGUCGGAAUUCUUCUGACUUUUCAUUAUUGAGUGAUUCCAAAUUAGAUUCACCUGUAACAGACAAUAGUUCUGUCUUCACCAUGGAAGACACCGCCAGAAAGCUUCAAGAGCUGACAACAACUUUGGAAGAUCGAAAGUCUCAGGCAGAAGAGAUACCUGCAGAAACAGCAACGUCGCACAUUCCUGAAUUAGAUAUGUUUUCGAAGUUCGAACCCAAAACCGAUUCUGAAUCCGUUUUGCAAUCGUUUCUAGCUUCUGAAAAGUUGGGAGGAGUGACAGACGUGCUGAAGGAGGGGUCGUCAAACGUCGAUCUACUAAGUUUUGAUUCGACACCGUCUGCAGUAGAUGUUGGUGAAAAAAUACCGGACAUUCAAGGUAAACACAGUACUGCCUUUCUUAAAGAUGAUGAAGAUAGCUUUAAAGACACGAUGCCCGAAAUAAUUAGAACAGCUGAUAAGACUGCAACCCUUCCAGAAGAAAUAAAUCAUCCAUCUGAUACAGUUAUGGAAGAUACUUUUAGGGAUGUAAUUCAUGAAGCAGUACCAGACAUUAAAAAAACAGAAAACGUAAUAAAUGAAGAUAUUUCAAUGCCAAAAUAUAAAAGUGAUCAUGAAGAAGAUGAGGAAUUUAAUUUAGCUGCAUCCCAAGACUCAUCACCAAUUAGAAUGGCUGAUAAAUUGGAACAGUAUAACAUCAAACCUGCACUUGAUAUUCUCUCUACCGAUGAGCCUGAGUCUAAUCAAGAUGAAUCACUUGUGAUUGAUGGAGAAAAGGUUGCACUCGGAUCCAUUGCUCCUACAAAAGAAGGCAACAGUGAAGAGAAGCUUCAAAUUCCAUCAAAGACAGUAGCCACUAGAACCAAACUUGAAAGUCCUAUAGCUGUGUCUCCACCAUUGUCAUUGCCAUUAGCCGGAGAGGCUUCAUCCCAGAGUAGACCGUCGCCGCACAGCGAACACGUGGAGGAUCAGAGCAACGUUGCUUGCAGCCAUAUUGUAUUACUUUUGACUGGGUACGUGGCUGCCAAGCAGCUGUUGAACGCGUGCGUGCGAGUGCCAGGUCUGCUGCCGGAGCCUGCGGGAGGUUUCGCGCGAGGAGAGAAGGGUGACCGUGCAGUGCGUCGAGCGCCCCCUGAAAGCGCACAUAUGGCGCGCGGCAGCACCAAGCGCAGGGACCGCUCGCCCUCUGGCGCGGGCGGAAGGGGCUUCUCGCUCAAGGAGUUCCUCGUUCCCAACAUAAGCCUGUCUGAUCUGAGCGUGGAGAGCCUUGUCUACUGGAGGAACCCUAAGGUUUCUGGAGCAGUGCUGGGUGUUGGACUGGCAUUACUUUUGUCGCUCACAUACUGCUCACUGAUUUCUGUGAUUGCAUACGUCAGUUUGGCAGUCUUAGUGGGAUGUGGUGGUUUCCGCUUGUACCGGGCAGUGUUGGCUGCAGUGAACAAGACUGGAGAGGGUCAUCCAUUCAGAGAUCUCCUUGACAAAGAUAUUGCUGUGUCUUCAGAUAGAGCUGCCAGCCUGGCUCAGCAGAUUGUCCCACACAUCAAUGCCAGUGUGUCAGAAUUGAGACGCCUGUUUCUUGUUGAAGAUAUCUUGGACAGCUUCAAGUUUGGUGUAAUGGUAUGGGCUCUGACAUAUGUGGGUGCUAUCUUUAAUGGACUAACACUGGUCAUACUUGCAUUUGUAUCAGCCUUCACACUGCCAAGGCUUUACGAAAAUAACAAGCAGCAGAUUGAUAAGAAUCUGGAACUUGCUCGAGCUAAGUUUGCUGAAAUUAAUGCCAAGGUGCAGGCAUUCAACCCCUUGUCAGGGGCUGCGGCAAAGAAGCUUGCUGGAUCCGCUGCUGGAUCUGAAGACAAAAAGGAGAAUUAGAAGUCAUCCUGAAUCCACACAUUGAUAUAUCCUGUUUAACUUAAAUAAACCCCCUCCUGUUCACUUGGAUGUUCUGUUUUAUUUACCCCAUGAUCAUAUUUUGUUUCUGUUAAUAAUUAAAGUGUAAAUAAAUUACUUGAAAUUCUUGUACAUUAUUCUAAUGAACAUUCAUGAAAUUAUAAGUAUUUUCAACCCUAAUCUAAGAAAAUAAUUUAAAAGUGUGUAUGUAUGUAUAACUUCUAUCAGUUCUCAGAAAAUGCACAAGAAUUUGAAGAUCACUCUCAUACGUGUUACUUCAUGUCUGGGUCUUUUAAAAUCACAAGCUGUAAAGUUGCAUAUAUGAAUUAAAUCAGAACUCUUAAUUCAAAAAAAUUGCAUCAUGUGAAGUGAGAGUCGCUUAUGAAUGACCUCAUUGAUAUAGAAAACUGAAAUGGGGAUGGGGAUCUUUUGCAUCUAGCGCAGUACUAUAUUUUUUAAUUCUUCUCAACUAGAAUGGACUUGUGUGGUUGAGUAUGAAACUUUUCCAAGGAAACACCCUUACUAGAAUAAAGUUUGCAUGCAUGAAAGGGACUGGAGUGCAAGAUGAACGUUUGAAUGUUUUGGCCAUGGGCAAAACGAGAUUGAGUUUAACGCGCCCAAUGGGAAGUGGGAUUUUUUUAGAAGUGUAAGCAUAAUGUAAUAAAUGCUAUAUUGAGCUCUGGAAGAAGCUACCCAUGUGUUUUUUAAGUGUAGACCUUGUUAAAGUUGUAGUAUGCUGAUAUUUGUUUGCGGUAGAUUUUUACAGAAGCGGCUUUAGGUUUACAUUAAUGUAUUUUAAGAUUAAUUGUGCAAGUUCUACUGGUUGUGAAACAAUCUUUGCUUGUUGGCAAGCUUCUCAGUGGUAUGAGGUGUUGAAGUACUGAGCUCUAGUCUGCUAGUCUUAAUAUUUACUCACCAUUAUGGAGCUUUGCUUGGGGUCCUCAAAACCUAAAGCCGUUACUGACAUACUCUUAAGAAUACCUAUUUAUUAAAACCUCUUGCUCGCAGUCAGGUGUUUCCCUGCAAGUGUAUGUUUGGCAUUUCAAGUAUUCAAUACUCGUGCAUUCUUAACACUUACCAUGCAAUAAUUUGUAAAUUUUAAAUUAGUGCAGUGUUCUGAACUAAUUUGUUGGAAGAAAUAUAGUAAAUUUUGGGGUUAUGUUCAGUGAACAAAGACUGAAAUAUUUGGUCUUGCAAAUGGAAGCAAUUUUAUCUAAUAUCUGUUGUGUGGACCAGCAAACAUUAUGCGCUUAUGCGGGGCACAGUUGGAUGUAAAGCUUAUUGAAUUUGCUUACAUUUACAUUGAAAUUAAAGAAUAAAUACCUCAGAGAAAGAUCUGAUUGAUAAAACAUGGGAAGAUUCUAGUGCAUUAAGGAAAAAUAAGUUGAAAAUUCUGAUCUCAAGUCUUGAGUGCCCGGCUGGUGCAAGUGGCAAGUUUGCCAAGAGACUGCGAGUUGAUGGUACGUUGCUAAAUUUUGUGGAGAACUCUGUUGCUAUAAUUGUUUCAUUACUGCUUUGCUUAUUGCUAUAUGGUUCAAUGUUGAAAAAAUUGUUAAGUAUUUUGAAAUACUGAGAAGCUAUUUGUCCGAAUGUUUUUCUGCUUGGAUUUACCAUCUCAACGUAAAUGGGUGGUUUGAACAGGCACACUUAUAUGUUGCACACAUACUAAAUAGUUUACAUAAAUAUUUAGCCUAAGAUCUGUGGGAGAAACAUAAAAAGGGUAUGGUAUACACUAUAAUUCACAUCUAUGGAAUUCAAAUUAAUUAAUAGAAUAGGUUUUUAUUGACAAAAGUACACAACGUGCAAUGGGUAAGAAUGGUCAGUGUUAAAAGAGUUAUUGAAAUUCCUGCGAUGUUUUCCUAUGUCAAUUUCUGGCAGUAUAGCUGAUGUUAAGUUGUAUUUAAAAAAAAAGUGCUUUGUACACAAAAUAAUAAAGAAAUUUGGAAUGUGACUGUUAGUUUUAAUAUUUGUUAUCUGGUACAUUGAAUAUUGUGAAGGUCAACAUUCAUGCCAAGAAGUUGUUAAUUGUUCCUGGAUCUUGUAUUUGAAAUGUAGGUAUUGAUGGCAGCUCACAAUGUCCUUAAAAACAAAAAUGACUGUUUUUUUGUUGUUUUGUUUAUUAUUAUUAUUAGUCCAGUAUUUGUACGAUAUUUGGAAAUUAUUUUCAUUGCUGAAUUUUUCUUUUAAAUUUCUUUUCACAUUUUUACCUUUCUGAGCUCAUGGUAAUAGUCCACUUUAGCAGUUCAUUGGAUUUUACUGCAUUCUGGAAACAUUAAAAAAUUAGAGGUAACCCAUGAAAAUAAAGUAUAAACUCCUUUAUUAAUUCAUUACAAAUAGAAUGAUUUAAUUUUAAUACUAAAUUCAAGAUUUUUUUUCGAAACUUCCUUUAUUAUCACUAAUAGGUUCUCAAACAGCAGUCACAUAUGGUACUGCAAAGCAAGUUUAGGAAAAACCUGAUGGGGAUGGCAGGUGAAAUUUUGAGCCAUUUGCAAUGUUUUCCACAUCCCAUGAAGGAACUGAAUUUAGGCCCUCUGUUAUUAUAGUCAUUUUGACACUUUGCAUUCUUGAAAUCUUAACAGCAUGUGUAUUGAAGAUUAGGUAAAGUAUGUUGCCAUAAAUUGCACAUAGUCCACCUAUAAAGGAAUCUUUCAUUCCUCUGCCACGGGAGCAGGGAGCUUUGUCUUAUCUCUUCAGGGUUUUCCUCUCCUGACAGUCAUAUUUUUGUUAUAUUCUUUCUUCAUUUAUUUGUUUUUACAAAAUAAUUCUGUACUAUGACAUUUUCUUCUUAAUAAAUCUAUUUUGGGUUUAUUUUAAUAAGUGAUAGUGAAAUAGUUGAACCUGACAAUGCCUCUACAAUUCAGCUCCUGUAUCUUUUUCCUGUUCACAAAUAUUGUACAUCCCUAGCUCACAUUGUGGCCUGGGAUAUUUAAUCCCUCUGCAUCUGCAGAUCUCGUAUUCCACAUGCAGUUCUCGUGUUCACCUGCUUCCACAAACUUGCAAGAGCGAUUGCUGCCCUUUCUCCCACUCAAACUGCGAAACCAAAUUGCAUG